UAUGAAAGUUAGGUCUGGAGCCAUACAUCACUUUAAUGGUUUGGUUUAUAGUAAAAUUAUUAUAACAAUAAUAAAAGUUUAUGAAACCCUGUGUGGUGACUUGGAUGAGUGAGUAAGAAAUGUAUAUCAUGAAAUAUUAGACUUUGGGUUGUUUUUUAUUGUUUAUAGAGAUGUAGUUGUUUAUAUAAGGACAAAUUCAUUUUUAACUUUAAAAUUGAAUAUAUGACAGUUUAAUCUUAAAAUUAUGAUAUUGUAUACAGUAUAAAUGAAUUUGUUUUAUUCUCUUUUGAGACGUGUAAUUGGAUAAAUUCAUUAGAUUAAGCAAGACAGAGAUAUUUUUGAUGCAUGUGGAUAUUUAUUUGUUUACCUCAUGAUGUAACAUAGCCCACUGGUUGUUGAUAUAGUAAACAUGAAGGAAUGAAGAAAUUACAACUCCCGUCAGUCAUGGAGAAGUGACUUCAGAUAGAAGAUUGAGUUACCAUGGAUACCUCAGACAUCCAGGGGGAUGAGACAGUAAGUCUGUCUGACGUUCUGGUCGCCCGUGAUGCGUGUCUCCCGGAGGAUGAACUCUGGGCGUUGUGCCGGGAAUGCUGCCUUGUACUGGAGGUUGUUAACAACUCCCCUGACAUGUUUCAGACACUGUGUGUGACACCUGACACUGUAGCAUUUGAUCAAGUCGGAAACGUUUGCUUCCUUGACCUAGAUGUUGAUCCAGAACCAAUUUACCUGUCACCUGAGUACAGCACAAACGGGAACACUUACAAGGCACACCUGUUCUCUCUGGGAAUGACCUUACUUUACGCAGCAGAAUACAAUGUUGACCAAUCACAGGAGGCUAUAUCUGCAGAGUUACGGGAACUGUUGGGUCGUAUGACGGCAGAUGAAACCACCAAUCGUCCAGAUCUUGAAUCAACUAUUAUUCUCUGUGAGGAACAGCUUUGUGGUCAGUCAUCCCAGGAAGUGUGCUGCGGCAUUGCUGCCAUUGUGGGAUUUGGACUUCCUCAAGAAGUAAUGGUAGAGAAUUUUAUACUGGAAAGGGGGUAACAUGAGUAACCUCUAUGGUGUUACCUCGGAGACGAGUACCCCAGAUUAUGUUUUAAGUAUGAUUGCAUGUUCCAAUGUACACUACUUGUACUACAUGGUGGAAUUAUAAAUUGUUUACUAACAAAACCAUAUAUUUAUAUAUUAUACAACUUUAACACGAUGUUGGGUUCAGGAAAUGUGUCGGAAUCCUUAAAUGUUCAAUAUGAGCUCUGAAGACAAAAUUUACAUCAUUUGCAAAUGGCAUGGACAAAAGAUUUGACCAACUUUAGUUGUGAAGCAGAUCUGAUGCAAAACGAUUUUUGAUAUUUCAGUAUAAAUUUAUAUAAUGACAAGAAUAAGCACUUUGAUUUGCCUUUGAUGUGAAAUUUGUCUUCUUAGCUUUAAGUUACAAAACAGUUGUUUACUUCAUAACAUAUUAACUAUAUAUGUAAGAUAUAAGUUACUUGUGGGACAAUUUGUUCAAGGUUAUAAUAAUAUUUGGGGUAAAAUUAACUCUGCACUUGAAUACACUUAAUAAAGCUUUCAUGCACCAUUGUAAGAUAUAUACGCUGAAACCCAAACUA